UGUGGCACCCAGAGUCUCAGAGGAAGGUGAAUCUAGGCACCUUACAAUGGCCAGCUUCGGUCUUUGCACCUCGCUUCUGCUUUUGUGCAUGGUUAGAGGCAGCCUGCAGGGAGGAAUAAAGCCACAAGGAAAUGGACGAGGGGGUCUUUACCUUCCAUCCCAGCUAAGAGGCGCAGGAGGAAUGCAGCCAGCAGCUGGAUUGGGACCAGCUGGUGUCAAGGCUGGCAGGUACCCUCCUUAUGGGACCCAAGGAAUACCUACAGGACUGGGAGUACAGAACGGAUAUGGGGCUGGACGCGGCUAUGGGGGCAAACUGGGGAAGCCAGGUUAUGGACUCCCAACUGGAUAUGGAGCAGGUUACAGAGACCUUGGUUAUCCUCGUGCUGGCUUUCCCUUGGCAGGUCUUGGUACAAGAGGCAAGCCUUCCAACGCAGCAGGCUAUGGGGCAGGACUCAGUGCUGGUGGUUAUCCAGCAGUAGGACUACAGCAAGCUUAUCCUGGCAGCAUGGGAGCUGGUGGUUAUCCAGGCAACGGACUCCAGAAUGGAUAUGGCAAUGGAUAUGGAGCUGGAAGCAAUGGAUUUGCUGGCGCUGCAUCUCAGCCGGGUGGAUAUGGUGUCCAAAUGCCUUAUAGCAGUCAAUUAGGAGGCCCUGCUGGAGAUUCUGCUGCUGCCAAAUAUGGGGGCGCAGGGCAGCUCCCAUACAGUGGUCAGCCACAGCAAGCAGAGGCUGCUGGUCUAGGAGGAGACUAUGGUGCUGGGAGAUACGGUAAUGGAAAUGGCCUGGGAUAUAUGAAUGGUGGAGAAGCUAAUGGGCUAGGGGCAGGUGCAUAUGGUCCCCUUGCAGCCGGGCAAGCACAAAGAGGGUAUGGUGGUCCACUAAGCCCUGGACAAGCACUGGGAGGCUAUGGGGGGAAAGAAUCAAAGUAUGGAAUGAAUGGAUUUCUGGGAAAUGGGUACAGAGUUCGCUGCCCUUCUGGAAAAUGCUGAGGGGGGUGACAUGGCUUCAAGGAAUGACCCACAGCAGGAUUUAGGCAUCCCAACAACCUUUUGGUGCUAAUUCUGAUGACGAGGAGUACCGACAUUUGCCAGUAUAAAUGAUAAUGCCUUUCUUUUUUUCAUACUGUGUUAUUAUUUUAUUAUUACAGAUGUUUCAUUUUAAAAGUUGGGGGAGGAGCUUGCCUUUUAGGUUUUAAAGCCUCCAUCAGCACUUUUUUCCCCAAAAGCUCCAAUCACGGUAGUGAUCUAGUGCUAUAGAAAUAUUCACUGCAGACUUGGAAUUUCCUUUCUUCCUCCAAAGAACGUGACCUUAAAAACCUCCCUUCUUCGCAGGUAGUUUAGAGAUUAUUCCCAUCUGUGUAUAUUGAGCCCCAUACCCCAGUUACCUUUCAAUAAAAAUACAAUUGUUUA